CCCGGUGCUCCCUCCCCGGCCCCCGGUGCUCCCUCCCCGGCCCCCGGUUCAGCCCUGCCUGGGGAUGCUCCGCCGCCGCGGAGCCUUCAGCCUAGAGCCGCUCCGCGGCCGCGGGCCCCGUCGCCGGCUGGGGUGGCUAUAAAAGGGAGCGCCGGGACGCGCGCCCGGCAGUCGGCUCCGGCUCUCGGCGAUGUGGGGUGGCUCCCGCGCUGUCUGGAAGAGGAGGUUCAGCUGCUAUGGUCCCUGGGAGACGGCGGAGAGCUGCGUGGUGAGCACCUCCGCCAGCGUCUACCGCCGGUUGCAGGAGAGCCCGCGGCAGCCCCCGGCGGGGGGGAUGAGCACCUGGGGGCCCCCCCCACCGCCACCCCUCUCCCCCAGCAGCCCCCCGGCAAGCGGGCGGCUCCUCAAGUCCGAAUCGGAGGACUCCGGGGUGGAGAUGGCCAGCAACGAGCACUCGCCUUCCACCCCCCUGGGCUCCGAGAGCAGCUUCUCCCUCGACGGUUUCCCACCGGGGAAGAGCCCCCCCGGGGAAGAACCGGGCACGGAGCCCCCCCGGGCCCCCCGCAGCCGCUCGGCCAGCAAGAAACUGGUGCAGGCAGCGCAGCGGAGCAGGAGGCAGCGGGUGCCCGGGCGCUGCCGACGCAGCACCAGCGCGGCAGAGCCGGCGUGGGACCCCGAGGAGCCCAGUGCUGAGGACCCCGAGGGAGCGGCCGUGCCGGGACAGGGGUUGAGGUAUUUGGAGCACGUCUGCCAGAUGCUGGAGCGCCUGGCCCGGCUGCAGCAGGACAACCGGCUGCUCCGGCAACAGGCGGCGGAUGCCCGGCACACCCGCCCUGACACCACGCCCACCCAGGAGCCGCGGGGGCAGGAUCGGGCCCUGUGGAGGUUCCGGCCGCGCUCCUGCUCGGACAGCCAGGCACCAGCGCCUGACCCCGGGCCGUGCCGGAGGCCGUGGGGGCACUCGGCCAGUUCCCCCAGUCUGCUGGACCCCUCAGAGAGUGGGGCAGGAGCCCCGACACCGGACAAGGACGGGCGCUCGCAGUGGGGCCGGGUGAAGGUGCUGCUCACCCGCCUGACCCGCCGCUCGCUGCGGGGUGGCCGCUGCAGGUAGGGCCGGGGGGGGGUGUGUCGUCUCCCCCCCCCCCCCCCCCCCCCCCCGAGCCCCCCAUCCCGCUGCCAUCCCUGGAUGGAGAAACUUCACUGCACCUCAUCGCACCUAUUGCAUCACGCUUCUUGCAUCACACCCCGCCGUAUGACAUCACGCCCACCCGGGGCCGGUCCCCCCCGCCACCCCUUCACCCUUUUUUUUUUUUUUUCCCCCCCCCCCAUAAUAAAGCCUUUUCAGUGCCAAAGAGGUGGCUCUUUGCAAGGUGAUGUGAAGUUGCGCGGUGACGUCACUCUCCUUGACCCGGCGUGACGUCACGAGGGGGCGCGUCACGGUCGCGUCACUUCCGACGGCUUUCCCCACUCCUUUUGUCCGCCCGGCCCCGGUCCCGCGGCCCCCUUCAAGCUGCUGCAUCCCCCCUCCCACAUCGCCCCCGGGGCAGGGUGGGCUCCGCGGGGGGGGGGGGGUCCAGCUACCUCGGGGGGGGGGCCCUAAAGCUUGUCCUCCCCCUCCCCAAGAGCUCCCUGCUGAGCCCCCUGUUCCCCCGCUGAGCUGCUGCUGCAGGGCCGGGUACCGCAGGGGGAGGAAGAUGCUGGUGAAAGCUGCCUGCAGCCCCAGCCAGGUGCUCUCCAACCAGGUACCCCCGUUAUCCCCUCCAUCCCCCCUCUUUCCUAGCGAUUUCCUACUAUGACUUGUGUUUGUGUGGGUUUUUUGUUUUGUUUUCUUUUUUUUUUUUUUUUUUUUUUCCCCCCCUUCCCGGCAGCGUACCCCGAGACCCCCGGCUCUGCUCCCACCUGUGUCACCCCUGGGCUGCAGCAGAGCAUCCCCGGAGCCCGGCCCCAGCCUCCUGCAUCCCACCGCUCCUUCCCUGGAGACGGAGAGGCGUCCGGCUGCCCCGCGGCUUCUGCCCCCUCCGACACCCCCCCAGCUGCAUCCUGACCCCGAGGAGGAUGCUGAGGCCACUCCGGAUGAUGCUGAUUCUGCUUUCAGGGCCAAGUCCCUGCCAGGGAGAAAAGGGGAUGAAGUUGUGCUCGGCGGCGGGGAAUGGUCCUUCUCAGGGGAUGGCCCCAUCCUGACACUGACCCCGCGGUCCUGGUGUGCACGGCACAGGCUGGGCUGGAGCUGAGCACGAAGCGAUGGAGUCCUCCUCCCCAGCCUGGUGCGGAGAGUGCGCAGACCCGGCCCUGGCAAAGAGCUGCUUGUUCAGGAGCAGGUUUCCAGACGAGAGCGGAGUUUGCGCCGCCGGGAACGCUCGGGUUUGGUUUCCGUUGGGUGAAAUCCCUCUCUCGAGCGUGCAGGGACGGCAGGAGGAGCUGACGGCACAGAGCUGGGCUUUGCUGAGCAGGGCCUAAGGAUGGGUGGCUGUGUGCUGGAUGGAGGAGAGGCAGGUCGCCGGGGAUUCGGUGGCGGGGGACGGUCUGCAGCCCGGCACGGGGCGACACGGCCAUAUGCGGAUGAAGCCACAGGGAUUUCAGAGAGCCCGGGUGGGGUUUAAUCCAGCUGCAACGAGGAAUGUGGCAACUCCCAGCCGUGGAGCCCGGGGCCCUGCAGCCCACCCACUGACCCCUGCCCACCCGGCGUGGGGUCUGCCAGGGGCUCAGCUCGUGGAAAAGCGUGGCCCUGGCUCGGGCGCCUGGGCUCGGCUCCGUGCAUGGCAGUAGUUAAAUAUAGCAUCCCUGCUCCGGGUAACCGUGGCAACUGAUUUUUAUUUUGCUUAAACCUGGCCCGGCAUGUGAUGCGGUUGGGAAGGAACAGCUGAGGGGGGAUGAAGUUCUCCGCGCUGCGGGAGGAGGCGCUUGGCUCGGUCCCAGUCGGCGACUCUCCGGGAUCCGGGCCGGGGAUGCGCUGGGGUUGGGGGCCUCGCUCCGUGUCCCUGCGGACGGCCUCGCUGGGGACAGUCACCAGCCUUUCCCGUGGCCUGGCGGGGCUCCGGUCCCAUCCCCUUCACUCCCAUCUUCGCAGCCUCCCUGCCAGCAGCGGGAAGGUUUUAGUCGGGGUCCAGCUCUCCGCUUUCUGCUGGGCUUCCCGGGGUGCGCCUCACCCCUGUUCCCUGCCACGCCGCGGGGUCCCGUUUGCCAAAUUCAGGUACCGGUGGGAGGUGGUGGCGAUUUUCCUGCUGGAUGUCGGGGGGGGGGACUCCCUGGAGCAGCGGGGAGCCUCGUGCCAGCCCAAGGUGGAGAAGGGACCCCGCUGCCUCCCUUGCUGAGGAGGUCGCUGAGGCUUUGCCGCGGUGACGCCGGGUGCCGUGCCAGCUCCGCCGCCCCGAAAGCCCGUUUCAUUUUCUGCAGGUGCUUGGACAAGGCUGUGUUUUAGAGAAGGCGAGGUCCCGCUCCGGGUUGACAGCUCCCAGCACCUUCCCCGUCCUGCUCCCACCUAAACAGAGCGGUUUUUAGCAGGAGAUAGAGGCCCCUGAGCAGCACAUGGUGGCCACAGGACCACUGAGCUACCCCCUGGAGAACCAGCCCUCCUGGCUCAUCCCCACCCGGCCAGGCAUCAUCUCCCUCCUCACCCUGCUGCCGUGCAGGAGGCAGGGGGGGGGAAGCUCCCCUCCGAAGGCAGGCAGGUCCCCUGUGCCCCCCUUCCCUCCCCAAAUGGCCAUGAUGGUGAUGUUCCAGCAGCGGGAUUUUUGGCUACGAGUGUUACAAGGCGCCGCUGGAUUUUGCUGGAGAAGGGACAUCGGGAACCCGGAGCCACUAAAGCGCUGCUGGAGCGGUGGAGGAGGCGGCUGAGCAGACGUGGACUAACGACUCCUCCGAUGAGGAACCAGCAUCCGCCGGGUUUCUACCAGGAGAGAGCAAAGUCCCUGCCUGGGUGUCCUGUCGCGGGUGGCACCGGGGUCCCCGUGACCCUUUUCUGCCCCGGCCCCCUCCCUGUGGAGCUGGGCUUGAGCUGGCUCCCACCCCUGGAGCCAGGGCAGCCGUAGGGGUUUGCUCCUGCCCCGUUAUUCGUGUUUAAUGGCAACCUCUUAAUCAGGAAACCUUGCGGGGGUUGGAGACACCCCGUCUCGGCGCUCUGAGCCGACACUGCAGGUGGGGCCAGGCUGGCUGGGUUAGGAUGGAGGGACUCAAAGAGCAGGGGGGGUGCUGCCCAUAGCAGAGUCCUUCACCACAAGCGCCAACCCCAAAACUGCCUUCAGCCCCUUGUCCCAGGACUCCCCCACCCCCCUCCCUACGCUCUAAUUCGCUCUAUUCCACUGUAAAAAUUGUAUUUCUCGUGCUUUGCUGAA